GUCCAGUCCUUGAUGUUCAUUACGAUGCCGUAUGGAGAUGGGAUCACUUUUUAUGAGCGGCUCAUGACCGCUAAGAAAGGAUGUGACGCGAUUUGCAUCAGAACAUGCAGAGAAGUGGAAGGUGUUUUUUGCGAUUACCUGGAAGCACAGUAUAAAAAGCCUGUGCUUUUAACUGGCCCUGUUUUGGGCGCGAUGGACUCUAAUAAUAAGAACAAGAAGAAGAGUGAACAAUUAGAAGACAUCUGGGCUAAUUGGUUUUCUGGGUUUGAAACAGAAUCUGUGGUGUUUUGUGGAUUUGGAAGCCAGUGGGUGCUUGAAAAGGACCAAUUUCAAGAGCUUGUGUUAGGAUUUGAGCUAACUGGGCUGCCAUUUUUUGUAGCUCUAAAACCACCCGUGGGUUGUGCUACGAUUGAAGAGGCAUUGCCACAAGGGUUUGAAGAGAGAGUUAAAGGGAGAGGGGUGGUGUUUGGUGGUUGGGUGCAGCAGACAUUGAUUUUGAGCCACCCAUCAGUUGGGUGCUUUGUGAGCCAUUGUGGCUUUGGGGCAUUGUGGGAGUCUUUGGUGAGUAACAAUCAGAUUGUGCUGGUUCCACACGGUGCUGACCAUAUAUUAAACACCAAGAUACUGGUUAAAGAUCUCAAAGUUGCUGUGGAGGUAGAGAGAGAAGAAAAUGGAUGGUUUUCGAAAGAGAGCUUGAGCAAAGCCAUUACAACCGUUAUGGCUAAGGACAAUGAAGUGGGUGUUAUGGUGAAGAAGAACCAUGCAAAGUGGAGGGAAACACUAUCAACUCCCGGGUUUAUGGAUGGCUAUAUUGAUAGGUUUGUUCAGAAGCUGAAAGAGCUUGUAAGUUAAUUUUUAACUAGUCUCAUUGUUGCUUCCUUCCUCCUUGUAUUGAGUUGUCUUAUAUUUUAGUGUGUUCAAUUUAACUAAUAUUGUUGGAUGGAGCUCAAUUUGAUACAUGGUCAAUGAUCUUUCAAUCUGAACGCAAAAUAUUGAAGGUCAGAUCACAUCUUGAAGGUCACACAAGUGAUUCAUUUCGUUUUUAAGAAAGUGGGAUUUGUACUUGUGCACCACAUAUAUGAAUCUUUUUUGGUUAAA